AUGGGCGGCCAAGUCGGAGGCCUCUGGCGUGUGCCUGAAAGGUCAAAGGUGCAAAGGCAGGCGGAUCCGAACCAGUGGACGAUGCUCCGGGACAUCUCGAAGAAGCAGAUGCCAAGGAAGCCACCGUUCAUCGCGAUCAACUUGCUGAACAAGAUCACCCGCAUGAACAAGGAAGGCAAGAAGGAGACCGUCCGGGUUUUCAGCCGGCAGUCGACCAUCAUCCCUGCCAUGAUCGGCCACACCUGCGCGGUACACAAUGGUCGGGAGUUUGUGCCCAUCGUCAUCAACGAAGGCAUGGUCGGCUUCAAGCUGGGGGACUUCGUGCCGACCCACACCUUCACCUCCCACCCCAAGCAGGCCAAGGUGACCAAGUACCGCGGACGAUGA